AUGCAAACACCAAACCCCCCAACAAUCCUCCUCAUCGGCGCAACCGGCAACACGGGCCGCGGCGUAACCACCACCCUCCCCUCGCUCCUCCGCACCAGCACCAACCACUCCACCCACCGCAUCCUCGCCCUAACCCGCUCCCUCACCUCCGCAGCCUCGCAAUCCCUCCUCGCCAACCCCGCCAUCCAAGUCCUCGAGCACCCCUGGCCCGAACUCACCACUUCCUGGCUGCGCACCCACAACGUAACCCGCAUCUUCAUCGCCCCACACAUCAACACCACCCUCUUCGCCGAGGAAUCAGCUCUGCUCAUUGCAGCCCUCCACGCAGACGUUGAGUACAUCGUGCGCGUGUCCACGAGCGCCCCGAACGUCCGACCCGAUAGCCCCGUCUACUACGCACGCAUGCACUGGGCCAUCGAGAACAUGCUGUGCUCUAAGGCGUUCGCAAGGAGCAGGAUGCACUGGACAAGCCUGCAGCCCAACGCAUUCGCGCCGUUCUUCCUCUCCGCGGCAGCGGGGUACAUCAACGAGUUCCGUUCGACAGGAAGCCAGGAUAGCCUUGCGCUGAGACUCAUGGCGGCGGAGGACGUUGGCUCUGCCAUAAUCGACCCGGGUGAGGUGGGCGUUUUCGCGGCGCACCUGCUUGCGUGUCCUGAGACGGCGGUGCAUCACGGGAAGAAGUACGUGUUUAAUGGGCCUGUGGAUAUCACCGGCAAGGAGAUUGUGGGACUGGUUGGGGAGGUUAUUGGGGAGGCUGUGAGGAAGGAGAAUGUGGUGUAUCAGGAUAUGUCGGUUGUGGAUGAGGUGAUUUUGGCGAUGACUAGUGAGUCGAGGAAUGUUGUUGGUUCUAUUCGGUAUGCUAUGGAGGCGUCGUGGAGGGGGGAGUGUAGGGUGGAGACGACGAGUCCGGAGGUGCGCGAGAUUGCGCCCGCUAGGAAGACGCCGGGGGAGGUGUUGAGGGAGUUGGUGGACGGGGAGGAGAAUGGUCGGGCUGGGGGGCUUGGGAAGGCGCCGGGGAUGCCGUCGUUGUAUUGA